CCUGGACAGAAUACCCGGAUGUGACUGUUGCAUGCAGCAGACGGCGAUUCGUCCAUCGGGAAACAGAUGUUUUUCACGUUAAAACAUCGCGGAGAAUAAAAACGUUGCCGCACGGAGAUUUUACCGAGCGUUCUGAUUUCACCUCACCGGUGUAGAGUCACAUAAAUCACGGUCUGGGCCGGCCCGCUGAGAGGAGUAGGCGGGAUGAGCGGAGCCGCUCUGGCCAUCGAGAUCGUGGUGGUGUUUUUCCUGGCGCUGUUCCUCCUGCAUCGGUAUGGAGACUUCCGGAGGCAGCAGCGCAUGGUGCUGUUCGGCACGCUGCUGGCCUGGUACCUGUGCUUCCUCAUCGUCUUCAUCCUCCCGCUGGACGUCAGCACUACCAUCUACAAGCAGUGUAAGAUAGACCAAGAGGGACACGCCCCAGCCAAUCACACGCCGGCGAACGCCUCCGUCACGCCAACUGAGAGCAAACUGAAGCCCUGCUACAAGCCAUGGAGCUACAUCCCAGAUGGCAUCAUGCCCGUGUUCUGGAGGGUGGUGUACUGGACGUCCCAGUGUCUCACAUGGCUGCUGCUUCCUUUCAUGCAAUCCUACGCUCGCUCAGGAGGCUUCUCCAUCGCCGGGAAAAUCAAGACGGCUCUGAUAGAGAACGCCAUUUAUUACGGGACCUACCUGCUGAUCUUCGGCUCGCUGCUCAUCUACGUGGCCGUUCAUCCAGAGUGGCACCUGUCCUGGUACGAGCUGCAGACCAUCGGCAUCACGGCGGCCAACACCUGGGGCCUGUUCCUGCUGGUGCUGCUGCUGGGCUACGGCCUGGUGGAGAUCCCCCGGUCCUACUGGAACGCCUCCAGACACGGACACCUGCUCAUCAAGACCUACUUCAAGGCCUCCAAGCUGAUGACGGAGAAGGCGGAUGCGGAGGAGAACCUGGAAGACGUCAUGGAGGAGGUGAGAAAAGCCAGCGAGUCCAUCAAGUACAACCACCCGCUGAGGAAGUUCAUCGAUACCAUUCUCCGAAAGUGUCCAGUGGAAUACCAGGAGAAGAUGGGCCGCAACAUGGACGACUACGAGGACUUUGAUGACAAUCAGAACACUUACCCCAGCGAGAAGAGCCUGGUGAAGCUCCACAAACGGGUGAUCUACGCGGUCCAGAGACACAACAGGACUCGGGUCCAGUGGCAGAUCCUCCUGCAGCAGGCGGUCCACCUGGAGGACGUGGCCAAGAACGAGACCAGCACCACCCACCAGUUCGUCCACAGCUUCUCCCCCCCCGGACCCCCUGGCUGGUUCAGUAGGUACCUGUAUACGCCGACCGCAGAGUGGUUCUGGGAGUGUCUCCUGAGGUGCUGGUUCUACCGGCUGCUGUCCGUGGUCCUGAUGGCGUUCAGCGUGGCCGUGGUCUGGUCUGAGUGCACCUUCUUCAGCACGCGUCCCGUCCUCUCUCUGUUCGCUGUGUUCAUCCAGCUGGCCGAGAGAGACUACAACUACCUGUACAUCGAGAUGGCGUGCUUCGUCACCAUCUUCUUCCUGUGUACCUGCGUUUACUCCACCGUGUUCCGGAUCCGGGUGUUCAACUACUACUACCUGGCGUCGCACCACCAGACGGACGCCUACAGCCUCCAGUUCAGCGGCAUGUUGUUCUGCCGGCUGACGCCUCCUCUUUGUCUCAACUUCCUGGGUUUGAUCCACAUGGACUCGGCAAUCUCCCACCAGAAGAAGGAGCAGACGGCGUACACCUCUAUCAUGGGAUCCAUGCGAGUCCUGUCCUUCAUCGCUAACGGCUUCUACAUCUACUACCCCAUGCUGAUCGUCCUCCUCUGCAUCGCCACCUACUUCAGUCUGGGGACCCGCUGCCUGAACCUCCUGGGCUUCCAGCAGUUCGUGGGCGACAGCGAGAUGACCUCUGACCUGAUCGACGAGGGGAAGGAGCUGAUCCGCCGAGAGAAGAGGAAGCGCCAGAGGACUGAAGACGGAGAGAACCGGCGCAGGGUGAUAGAGGAGCGCUAUGGAAACCAGAGAGACGACCACACGGCGAGGAACCGCACCAGUCACGAGCUGAAGGAGACCAGUUACUCCGACACGGUGACGGCCGGCACGCCAGACGUGAGUCAAGCCAAGUACUCCCGCUCGGGGAGGGACUGCAUCGAGCUGCUGCAGGACGCCGAGCCGCUGGACUUCGACGAGUCGCUGACCGACGACCCUGUGGAGGCGGAGCCUAGCAGACACGCGGGAGGACGGUACCUGUCCAUGUCCUCGUCUCACAGCCGGAUAUUUGACGACGUGUGAUGCUGGGCCUGGGGGAGGAGCCGCGGACAGGAAGUGGACGUUAUUGCACAGUAAAGACGAGGAAGCAGCGUUCAGGCCUCUGACAUCAGCACGUGGAUCCGCAUGGCGGUCUGAGCGCACGGCGUCGCUUUGUGUACCUGUUGUUUAUUUACCUGUAUGAUCGUCACUGAUGACAGAUCAAUAAGUGCGUGUGAAAGGUUUAGUCCGUCCUCUCUUCACAUCUUCACACCUAUACACGUAUAUGUAUAUAUAUAUAUAUGUAUAUAUUUUAGGGCAUCGUGUUUUACUCUAAAAAAUAUCCAUAUUCCAUCUUUAAGAUUCCCUUGAUUGAAGAUUGAACAAGUGUUCAAAUGCUCUUUUUAAUCCCUUUACUUCUUCUGAGACGUAUUUAGAAUAAAAGCAGCAAGCUGAAUGUUCAGUGAACGUUAACGUCAGUGAGCUUUGGCCACGCCCACCUGUGAUGUCACAGCGUACCUCAGCUGAAAGCUAGAUAUCAUAUUGGCGAUAUAUGAUUUCGUCCAUGAGCUACGAGAGAAGUGAUGAAUAUUGACCACAAAUUUAGACAAAUACUUUUCAUUUGACUUUGAGUAAGUCAUGACGCUUCUUCUUAAUCAUAGUUCACCUGGUUUACCCACAUACAUUUAAAUUAGGUUUUUCAUUUUUGAAAUGACAUUUGUAAAGAGAAAGAGGCAAAGACCUUCAAAGGGACCAGCCUGUGUUUCAUUAGCUAUUAGUCACUUUAAUGAUUACUCUUUAAAAUGCUGAAUACAUCUUUACUCAUUUCUAACCCUUCUCUGUAGACACGGUGACCAAUCAGAUUCAAAUCAAUCCCAAACAAUACUUCAGAGCUCUGAAGUCAGUAAACCUUUCAAAUAAAUGUUGUACUUAUAAUUUACAUGUGGUCAUUUACAUGGAAAUCAAAAUGUUCUCAUGUUCACUGAGCCGAGCCUGAAGGCAUCAUGAUGUAACUGAAGUGAACAUCCAUGAUGUCAUCAUCAAUGAUUUCACUAAACUUUAUGAUAAACGUGUUGGGGGGGGGGCACUGCUCAGGUGCAUAACAGUCUGUUACACCACUAAAGUAGAGUGAAACACAGGUGUGUCCCGUUAAGGACGUUAGCAUGUAGCUACCUUAGCAUGUGGUGGACUCUGCUGGCAGGUUCAGCCCAGCUCCUGUAAAGCCGGAGCGACUGACCUGAGAUCAGCGACGGGUCCUGCAGGUGUCAAUUUGUAUCAUGGGUUUUAUAUAAAAUAUGAAUGAUUGACAGAAAGCAUUAAAGUGACUUUGUAUUUAUUGGUAACUCUUUGUUUCCUGAUUGGUCUGAUGAAGUAUUGAUGUUCUGUAUUUAUUGAUCUCUUUGUUGUAGUGAAUUAUCAAAAGAUUAUUAGUUUUAUUAUCGUGGGCUUCUCUGCUGCAAGUGAUCAAGUGUCAAUAAAAAUGAUCAAAGUGUUGAAGGCUG